AUGAAGUUCGGGAAGCUGCUUUCGCAGCGCAUGGUGCCCGAAUGGAGCGACCGCUACAUCCGCUACAAGAUGAUGAAGGGCCAGCUCAAGAGCAUCUCCGCCGCUCGCGAGAGCUACCUCCACGCCUUCGAGAAGCUCAAAGGUCCCGACCCUUCCGACAUUGCGGGCGAAGCAUUCCAGGAGAUGCCGCUCACGGUGGAAAACAUGAAGGAGGACCGAGAGCUGUACGACCUACUCGAGGAGGACCUCGAGACCGUGGAGCGGUUCUACCUCGAUCAGCUCGUGGCUGCCCACAAGAGAUUCUAUCAGCUGCUUCAGCACUGCAUCAAGAUGGAACUGCUCGAAGAAUACACACCGCAGGCGUAUCCGCUGCUGCACGACCACAAGUUCGAGCGAAUGGGGGACAUCAACCCGACGGUGUUCGGCGAUGCCACUGAGGAGGACGCCACCGUCGUGGCCGAAGAGGAGGAGCAGAGCCAGGACAACAUCGACAAGUCCAGCAGGCGCAGCAGCACCGGCAGCACGGGCAAGUCCAAGAAGCGUGGGCUCGCCCAGUCGCAGCAGCAGCAGCAAAACAUGUACCGAUCAGGUCAGAUGAGCCGCAAGAGCUCGAAGCAGCAGCGGCAGUUCGGCGCGGGCGUCAUACCUACACGAAGCGUCAGCUUUGCUCGGUCGGGUGUCGACCCGGACUCGGAUGGCAUGGUCGAGAUCGAGCUGUCGGAGCUCUCCGACGGCAGAAAGCGGAGCUCUGUGAGCAGCCGGGGCAGCGUCGAGGAGGAGGUCGAGCAGGACAUCAACGAUGUCCACGUCGUCGCCGAGGACGAGUGGGCCGACGACAAGCUGGAGGACGACAUAGACUUUGAGAGCGAUAACGCCGGCGGAGGCCAGAUCGAGGGCCAGGCCACGUCACCGCUAGGGACUCGGCUCAUACAGAUGGAGCGCAAGCGAAGCGCCGCCGCCGCCGCCGCCGCAGAGGCCAGCACCUCGCGCAAGCCCAGCACCACCACGACCAGCAGUGCGGCAGGCUGCGAGACGAAGCAGCGCGCAUUCCGAACAACGCCGCUCUCGCCGGUGGAGAAGACCAGGGAGCACCGACGCGAUUUGCGGCGGCUGCGGCGAGAGCGCAUCCUCUACGGUGUCCGGGUGCUGCGGCGGCUGCGGCUGAAGAAGAUGAUCACCAGGACCAAGGCGACGGCCUACGACUUCCAGGACGACCCUGCAGCGCAGGGCGAGGGCGCAGCUGCCUGCGAGGGCAGCGACACAGCGCCGGCGGAGACCGAAGACGUCAUCACGGUCCGGAUGAGCCUCGAUGACCGUACAGCCAAAACUCUCCGCGAGUUUGCCGAUAAGGACACGUCCCCGCAGCGCGGCAAGAACGAAAUCGUGGUCUUCCCAAACAAUAACAUGGUGUUCACGAAAUCCACGAUAAGACACCACCGCAAGUCGCUGGUCGAAGCCUUUAAGGAGUUCUAUCGGGGCCUCUGUUUGCUAGAAAAUUUUUGCAAGUUGAACCUGUCUGGAUUUGACAAGGUCAUGAAAAAGCACGACAAGCUGACCGGCACUACGACCCGACUCCUGUAUAUAAAGAGGAUCAAGGCCCAGCACAGAUUCGCCGAUAUGCGACAUCUGUUGAUCAUAAAGGCCGAGACGGAGCGGGUGUUCAGUGAGUGCUUCACCGAGGGGAGCCGGCAGAAAGCGAUGAAGAAGCUGCGAAUCCCCUUCUGGCAGAAGAAGAAGCUUGGAUGGUCCACCUUCCGACUUGUCCUGCUGUUGAUGAUAACGAUGAUAUUCAUCUACUUGGGGGCCAAGGACAACAGCGGGCUGGAUCACAAGCGAGCCGACGACGUGUUCAUCAUGUUCCGUGGCAUGUGGCUGCUCAUCAUCCUCAACUGGUGCUGGGGCAUCGACAUGUACACGUGGACCAAGUAUCGCGUCAGCUACGCGCUCAUCUUCCUCUUCGACAUGCGGUCCCACAUUUCAUGGCAGCAGGUGAUGGAAUCGGCCGCCGUGUUCACAGUCGCGUGGCUGCUGUUCGUGGUGUGUUAUCUGCUCUCGGCCAUCAGUCCGGUGCCGCUGGAGUGGAUGGAUGAUAUCCCCUACCAGGUGUUCCCCGGCUGUCUUGGUCUACUCGUGGUCCUGGUGAUGCUCGUUCAGCAGUCUACGUGCAAGUAUUGGCUGAUACGCCGGCUGACUGACCUGGUGCGCCUCGCGCCCGAAAUCAUCAGAGUGUACAAGAUCAUAGUGUCGCCGGUGGUCGGGGUCGACAAUUUUGUAGACAUCUAUCUCGCCUCGCAGUUGACCUCGCUGGUCAUCUUUCUCCAGGAUGUGCAAUUUUCGGUCUGCUUCUUUGUGAGUGACGCAUGGACCGGCGACGAUAUUUGCAUGCGGUCCCGCCCUUACGCCAUGCCUCUCAUCGCUGCCAUACCAUUUGUGCUUCGCUUCCUGCAAUGCCUGCGCAAGUUCAUAGGGUCGCGAGAGCGCUGGCACAUUGUCAACGGUGGAAAAUACCUGAGCUCCCUCGCUGUAAUUAUUUGUUCGUUCUUCCUCUACUUCUUUGGCCAUCUGGCCUUGCUCGCUCCCUGGAUCGUCGCGGUCGUGGUGUCGGUGGGCUACAACUUCUAUUUCGACGUGCGCUACGACUGGGGCCUGCUCGACGUGAAGUCCAGCAACUGGCUGCUCCGCAACAAGCUGAUUUUUCCUCGCUGGUGGUACUACGUGGCCAUAGCGCUCAACCUGCUGGGUCGCUGCUCGUGGGCGCUCACCGUCUCGGCAUCCUUCUUCCCCACCACCAACAUGAUCUUUUCAACCAUCAUCGCCACGUCCUGCGAAGGGGACUGGGCAACAUUUUCCGCCUCGAAGACGAGCAACUGUCCUACACGGAAGUGCGCAGGGCGACGCGCGACGUCAAGGUAA